AUGAUUAUCGGCAUGGUGAGGAAUGUUUCGUGGCCGUACUGCUCUCCGCUUCGUCCACUCUCGGCAAUACUUAGAAGAGAUAUUGCUACAUCUUCACGCCUUGAUAAAAACCAGGCUGGGAAAUACAGAGCGACGGUUGAUCGGUCACGGCUGCUCACAUACGAAAUGGCACAGAAGCCUCAUCACAUUGGCGUUCGGAAGUCGUGGUUAUCUUGGCAUUCACACAACCUAGAAGAAUUCAAGCAGUCGCAACCACUGAUGGUUGUCCAUGACGAGGUCAUUCGUCGAUUUGUACGCGGUUUCUUUCCACAGAACGUGGUUAUUUCUGGUGAGGAGGUGAGCUUUCACUACACGUUGAUAGAAUGUAUGAAUUUGGCAGCAGUG